AACCCCCCUGCCAGAGGGCCGCGUCCACCCCACCGGCGAAGCCAGCCUUCUGUGUGCUGGCGAAAUGAAGGAAGGCGUGAUUCUUUAAAGAGAGAACACAGCCGAAGCAGUACUGCACCAUCCAGCUUCCUCAGUAUUGCCCUGAAAGAUGGAUUUCAUGUUCAUCAUCGCCACGGCAGUAGGAGCUAUCGCCACGCUUGCUGCUGCUGCUGUGGCUGCCCUGUUAAUAGUCAAAGGUCUCGGUUCUUUGAAGCAGUGGACAGCGAGGGACCGUGAGAGCACUAAAGAAUCUGGUAAAGACCCCACGCCUAUUCUUACGAUGAAAACCAACAUGGAACAGGAAACACACGGAGAACUGGACGAGGACGAUCAGGGAAGGCAGGAAGCAGCGGACGACGAGGAGGGAACACACGGAGAAGUGGAUGAGAACGAGCAGGGAGCACGCGAAGAAGUGGACCACGAGGAACAGAGAUGGCAGCGAGAGGCGGACGACGAUGAGGAACAAGGAGCGCACCAACAAGUGGAGAAGGAGGAACAGGGCAGCCGAACUCUGAGUGGCAAUCCCGGCAGCAGCAGCUCGGAAGCGGACGCGGUGCCCUCGGCGGAGGCUUCUGCACUAGCCCCCCGACCUUUAGGCGGCGGGAUGUCUGUGGUUGGCAUUGACCUCGGCUUUCUCAACUGCUACAUCGCCGUAGCGAGGAGUGGCGGCAUUGAGACCAUCGCCAAUGAGUACAGCGACAGGUGUACCCCGGCCUGUAUAUCUUUGGGAUCAAGAACUCGAGCCAUUGGGAAUGCAGCUAAGAGCCAGAUAGUCACAAAUGUAAGAAAUACAAUUCAUGGCUUCAAAAAGCUUCAUGGACGAUCAUUUGAUGAUCCCAUUGUGCAGACUGAAAGGAUCAGGCUUCCCUAUGAGUUGCAGAAAAUGCCUAAUGGAAGUGCAGGAGUUAAGGUGCGGUACCUAGAAGAAGAGAGACCAUUUGCAAUUGAACAAGUUACUGGAAUGCUGUUGGCCAAGCUUAAAGAGACUUCAGAAAAUGCUUUGAAGAAACCAGUGGCUGACUGUGUGAUUUCAAUUCCUAGCUUUUUCACUGAUGCUGAGAGAAGAUCUGUGAUGGCUGCAGCCCAGGUUGCAGGCUUAAAUUGUUUAAGGCUGAUGAAUGAAACUACUGCAGUUGCGCUAGCAUACGGAAUUUAUAAGCAGGAUCUUCCCUCGCUAGAUGAGAAACCAAGAAAUGUAGUAUUUAUUGAUAUGGGACAUUCUGCCUAUCAGGUCUCGGUUUGUGCUUUUAACAAAGGAAAACUUAAAGUCUUGGCUACUACCUUUGAUCCAUAUUUGGGUGGCAGGAACUUUGAUGAGGCUUUAGUAGACUACUUCUGCGAUGAAUUCAAGACCAAAUAUAAGAUAAAUGUGAAAGAAAACUCUCGGGCCUUGUUACGUUUAUAUCAGGAAUGUGAGAAACUAAAGAAGCUAAUGAGUGCAAAUGCAUCAGAUCUUCCACUGAACAUUGAGUGUUUCAUGAAUGACCUUGACGUUUCUAGUAAAAUGAACAGAUCUCAAUUUGAACAAUUAUGUGCUUCCCUCUUGGCCAGGGUUGAACCACCUUUAAAAGGAGUAAUGGAGCAGGCUAACUUACAACGUGAAGACAUAAGUAGUAUAGAAAUUGUAGGAGGGGCAACAAGAAUUCCUGCAGUGAAGGAACAAAUCAGUAAAUUCUUUCUGAAAGACAUAAGUACCACAUUAAAUGCUGAUGAAGCUGUUGCAAGAGGAUGUGCAUUACAGUGUGCGAUUCUCUCACCAGCAUUUAAAGUGCGUGAAUUUUCCAUAACAGACAUUGUUCCCUAUUCAAUCACACUAAGGUGGAAGACCUCUUUUGAAGAUGGAACUGGGGAAUGUGAAGUGUUCUGUAAGAACCAUCCUGCCCCAUUCUCAAAAGUCAUCACUUUCCACAAGAAGGAACCAUUUGAACUAGAAGCAUUUUAUACGAAUUUGCAUGAAGUGCCUUAUCCUGAUGCAAGAAUUGGGAGCUUCACUAUUCAGAAUGUUUUUCCACAGUCUGAUGGUGAUAGUUCAAAAGUAAAGGUUAAAGUUCGUGUCAACAUCCAUGGAAUCUUCAGUGUGGCUAGUGCAUCCGUAAUUGAGAAACAGAAUUUGGAAGGAGAUCACAGUGAUGCUCCUAUGGAGACAGACACUUCAUUUAAGAAUGAAAACAAAGAUGAUAUGGAUAAAAUGCAGGUUGACCAAGAAGAAGGAAGUCAUCAAAAGUGCCAUGCUGAGCAUACCCCAGAAGAGGAAAUUGAUCAUACAGGAGCCAAAACAAAGUUAGCUCCCUCAGACAAACAAGACCGAUUAAAUCAAAACAUUAAAAAAGGAAAAGUCAAGAGUAUUGAUCUUCCUAUUCAAAGCAGCCUAUGUAGACAGCUGGGCCAAGAUCUUCUCAAUAGCUACAUUGAAAAUGAGGGGAAGAUGAUAAUGCAAGAUAAAUUAGAGAAAGAAAGAAAUGAUGCUAAGAAUGCUGUUGAAGAAUAUGUAUAUGAUUUUAGAGACAAGCUGGGCACUGUCUAUGAAAAAUUCAUCACUCCAGAAGACAUGAAUAAACUAUCUGCAAUAUUGGAAGACACAGAAAAUUGGCUUUAUGAAGAAGGAGAGGACCAACCUAAACAAGUAUAUGUGGAUAAGCUUCAGGAACUGAAGAAAUAUGGCCAACCUAUUCAAAUGAGGUACAUGGAACAUGAAGAGAGACCGAAAGCUUUAAAUGACUUGGGAAAAAAGAUUCAGCUCGUCAUGAAAGUGAUAGAAGCGUACAGAAACAAGGAUGAAAGAUAUGAUCAUUUGGAUCCUGCUGAAAUGGAAAAAGUUGAAAAAUAUAUCAGUGAUGCCAUGAGUUGGCUGAACAGUAAGAUGAAUGCACAGAACAAACUAAGUCUCACCCAAGAUCCUGUGGUAAAAGUUUCAGAAAUAGUUGCAAAAUCAAAGGAACUGGAUAAUUUCUGUAACCCCAUCAUUUACAAGCCCAAACCAAAAGUAGAAGUUGCUGAGGACAAAGCAAAAGCUAAUAGUGAACACAAUGGACCAAUGGAUGGACAGAGUGGAACUGAAACUAAACCAGAUACAACAAAAGAUAGCUCACAGCAUACUAAGUCUUCUGCAGAGAUGGAAGUGGACUAAGUGUUAAUUUACCUUCAUAUAAUUCAAAUAGUGCAAGUAACCCCAGGGUCCAUUCUUCUUUUACAUCUGGUACACACAACAGUUGUUCAGUUGUUCUUAACCACUUUUUGUCAUUUGUUUCUUGGAGUAGUUUUGAAAAGUGUUUUAUACUGAGUGCACCUCUGUUCAUUUCCAUUCCGGCUUACAUGAAGCUUUAGCCACAUUUAGAUUUAUAAAUCAAUUUAAGAUUUCCUGAUAUAUUUUACAAGAUAUGUAAUUGGAACAAUCUCCUUUAUUUAAAGCCUCUACUUGGAUAAACCUCAGUUCCUUUAUUUAGGAAAGGCUACCAUAUUGCACUAUUGUUACAGAAGUAUGGAUUUAGAUGCAUCAUUAUUUUGAAAGAAAUUUAAAUUGAUGUGGUUAAAAGCCACUGAGGCACUGACUUUUUUCUAGUUAUUGUAUUGUUUUAAUUUAAAUAUUAAAUAAGAGGUUCCUGAACAAAUAAGUCCACCUCGUUGAUGUACCAUGAGAACUCUAAAGCUCUGUUGUCAUCACAUAAAUGAACUAAAUCACAGAUUGAAAGAGAAAAAUGAACACUUUUAUGUGAAGGUGACACCAGCAGUUUGCUUCUUUUAUUGGUAAUGUGGACUAAUAGCUUUCAGAGUAAUGUGUUUUUGUUGCAUGAAACUUUUGGUUUGUCCUAAAGACCAGCUGCUGCUAAAAUAAUGCUAAUCUAAUACUAUAGGAGCCUUUCUGAUGAAAUUACCUUCUUUUUAAGGGAAAACGCUGUUGACCUACUCAGUCAUAUAUCUGCAACACUGAUAGCCUUGUUUCAGUUUUAAUACAUGUACUAUUUCUUAAUUGAUUUUGAUACCUUAACAUGAGUAGGAAGAAAUGGCACAAUGUAUGCAUUAUAUAUAUAUACAUAUAUAUAUAUAAUUGAUUUACUUAAUGUUACAAUUUAGAUAAACACUAUGAAAUAAACGGUGAUACUUGAAAAGGAACAGUUAUACCAUAGUCUUAGGAAAUAAUGCUUGUAAUAAGCUUAACUAUAUUACAUAUCAACAGGCAAAAUAUAGAAUGUUACAUAGUGUAAUAUGGUGUGAUUAAAUUAUAGUUCCUGCUGUUUCAUUAUCUUUUGAAAAUUUGGCUCCAGUUUGGGUGCUUCUUAAUAUAAGUUAAAUGGGUAAAGGGAAGAACCUAAUCUGCGCUUCAUCACCAGGCUUCUUCACAUCUGCCCAGAGGCUUGAAACUAUUACAGUUUGGAACAGACUGAAAGGACUUUUCAACAUACAAGAAAAAGAAGCAUAGAUAAAUGCUUGAGCCCUUCUGUUCUUAAUGCCAGUCAACUACACUGACCUAGGUUAAAAUUUGAAAGGCUCAUUUUUUUCCCCCAAAGCUAAAUCUUAGGAAUAUUGACUUCUUAAGUAGUACAAAAUAAAGAGUGUAAUAUCUUUAGGGAUAGUCACUAUUUCUCACAACUAGUUCUCUAAGAGAGAUUUUGUUUCUACAAUGUAGUCUGCACUGAAAGGAGAGUAUGGAGCAGUGUAUUUUGCAGGGAUUUUUAUUCAGCCUCUUUUGGGGUAAAGUAUUCCUUUUUUGCAUUAAAAAAAAUCAUAUAGACUCAUUGUUAAGUGUCUCCUAGUCUUUAAGUUAGCCUUCUCUUGGUACUCUUUAAAUGAAAUAAUUAUAUCUAGUAAAUGAUGAGAUACAUUUUUUAAAAAAAGUUUGUCAGUUACUUUUCAUCUAUAUGUUGAGUAUAUAUGUUCAUUCCAGGAAAAGAAUGCCUAUGAAAAGGAAUAUAUAACAGUCCAAUAAGAGACUUCAUAGGCUUUCUUGAGUUAAAACCUCUUCCCACUUGAUUAGGAGCUCUGCCUCAGAAAUUUCAUGAAAAUAAAUUGUGGGCAUCUGAA